AUGACAAUAACAACACAUAAUACUUCUUGGGCAGAAUCUAUUCCAUCUGCUCAAGGUUUAUAUAAUCCUGAAUAUGAAAAAGAUGCUUGUGGUGUUGGUUUUAUGGUUCAUAUAAAAGGCGAACGUUCUCAUAAAAUUUUAUCUGAAGCCAGUCAUAUCCUUUGCAACAUGACUCAUCGUGGUGCUAGUGGUGCUGAUAUUCGUGAUGGUGAUGGUGCUGGUGUUAUGACAGGUAUUCCUCAUCAGUUCUUUGUCAAUGAAACAUCGCGUGAAUUAGGUAUUAGAUUGCCUCAAGAAGGUCAUUACGCAGUAGGCAAUUUAUUUAUGAAGGGAGAACAAACAUCUAUUAUGGAAAGUCAAAAAGUAUUUGAACAGUUAGCAGAUGCCCUCCAUUUGAAGGUACUUGGUUGGCGUAAAGUACCUGUAGAUUCAACUAUCAUUGGUCCUGCUGCUCGUUCUAAGGAACCAGCUAUCAUGCAACCCUUUGUCAUCCUCAAUAAUGAUGUUGAAUUUGAUGAGCCUUACUUUGAGCGUCAGCUUUAUGUCUUGCGUAAACAUGCUACUCAUACAAUCACAAUGAAGAAAUGGUUUUAUGUCUGUUCACUUUCAAAUAAGAAUAUUGUCUAUAAAGGACAGUUGACACCUAAGCAAGUAUAUUCCUAUUUUCAUGAUUUAAAUAAUGUACAAUAUACCACUCAUUUUGCCUUGGUUCAUUCUCGUUUUUCAACAAAUACAUUUCCUUCUUGGGAUCGUGCACAACCUAUGCGAUGGUGUGCUCAUAAUGGUGAAAUUAAUACAGUACGUGGUAAUAAGAAUUGGAUGAGAUCAAGAGAAGGUGUGAUGACUUCAGAUACCUUUGGAAAUGAAUUAGAUCUCCUUUAUCCAAUUAUUGAGGAAGGUGGAUCUGAUUCUGCUGCAUUUGAUAAUGUACUCGAACUCUUGGUCAUCAACGGUGUCUUGACAUUACCUGAGGCUGUCAUGAUGAUGAUUCCAGAGGCAUGGCAAAAUAAUGAAGCCAUGAGUCCUGACAUGAAGGCCUUUUAUCGUUGGGCUGCUUCUUUAAUGGAACCCUGGGAUGGUCCUGCUCUGUUUACCUUUUCGGAUGGUCGUUACUGUGGUGCCUCAUUAGAUCGUAAUGGUCUUCGUCCUUGUCGUUACUAUUUAACUUCUGAUGAUAUCAUGAUCUGUGCCUCUGAAGUAGGUACCGUCUUUGUGGACCCUGAAACAAUUGUUGAAAAGGGUCGUUUAAAACCAGGUCGUAUGUUGUUGGUAGAUACGAUAAAAGGUAAAAUCGUAGAUGAUCGACAACUCAAGUUACAGACAGCUGCUAAACGUCCCUUCCGUGAAUGGAUUGAACGUCAAGCGAUUCAUUUGAAAGAGGUUGUGAAUCGAUAUGAUAAAGAACGGCAACAGCAACAAUAUGAAUUGGAUGAAACAACGGUUCAAACAGAUCCUCGUCUCAAGGCCUUUGGUUACACACUUGAACAAUUCAAUUUAAUCAUAGCUCCCUUAGCUUCUACUGGUAAAGAACCCCUGGGUUCGAUGGGCAAUGAUACCGCUCUAGCCUGUUUAGCUGAACAACCUCGUCUCAUCUAUGAAUACUUUCGUGAAUUAUUUGCUCAAGUCACAAAUCCACCUAUUGACCCCAUUCGUGAAGAAAUUGUCAUGUCACUUGAAUGUUAUGUGGGUCCAGAGGGGAACAUCUUGGAGAUAGCUGAGGAGCAAUGUCACAAGUUGGCUUUAUCUUCUCCCAUUCUAUCUAUGGACGAAUUGGCUGCAAUUCAACGUAUGGAUCAGCAUUAUGGUUGGAAGGUAGCUACGAUCGAUAUUACAUUUGAUAAGACAGAAGGUGUUGAAGGUUAUGUCAAUACCUUGGAACGUAUCUGUCAAGAAGUCUCAGAGGCUAUUCAAAAUGACUACAAAAUUCUUGUCCUCUCCGAUAGGGCCGUUAAUAAGGAUCGUGUUGCCAUCUCUAGUUUAAUUGCUGCAGGGGGUGUACAUCAUUAUCUGGUACGUACUAAGCAACGAAGUCGUAUUGCAUUGAUGGUUGAGACAGGUGAAGCAAGAGAGGUACAUCAUUUUUGUGUUCUAUUAGGUUACGGUGUAGACGCUAUCUGUCCUUACCUGGCUCUAGAGGCCAUACUCAAGUUACAUCGUGAGAGAGCUAUUAUCUCAAAUGAUUUAACACCCAAGCAACUGAUCUAUAACUUUAAAAAGGGGAUUGAUAAUGGUAUUCAAAAAGUCAUGUCCAAGAUGGGUAUCUCUACCUUGGCCUCUUAUAAAGGUGCACAAAUCUUUGAAGCCCUUGGGAUUGAUGAUUCCGUCAUUUCACGUUGCUUUUCAGGUACAGCGAGUCGUAUUAAGGGUGUUACAUUCGAUAUCUUUGCCUUAGAUGCCCUAACAUUACAUGAGGCCGGUUAUCCAUCUCGUAAUAAAGUUCAGCCUGUAUCAUUACCAGAAUCAGGUGAAUACCAUUGGCGUGAUGGCGGUGCUCCUCAUAUUGCCGAACCCAACGGUAUUGCAAACUUACAAGAUGCUGUUCGACAAAAGAAUCAAUCCUCCUACGAUGCCUAUUCACGUAAUGCUUAUGAAGCUAUCAAGAGAUGUACCCUGAGGGGUCUGUUGGAAUUUGAUUAUGAGAAUUCAAGGCCUAUACCCCUGGAGGAGGUGGAAAGUUGGGAUAAGAUUGUGAAAAGAUUUGUAACAGGUGCCAUGUCGUAUGGUUCUAUCUCGAUGGAGGCUCACUCAUCUUUAGCUAUCGCCAUGAAUCGUUUAGGUGGCAAGUCUAAUACAGGUGAAGGUGGUGAAAAACCUGAACGCUCUAUACCAUUAGAGGAUGGCUCCUCAAUGCGUUCUGCAAUCAAACAAGUCGCCUCAGGUCGUUUUGGUGUCACGAGUUUCUAUUUAUCUGAUUCAGAUGAAUUACAAAUUAAGAUGGCACAAGGUGCAAAGCCGGGUGAAGGUGGUGAAUUGGCUGGUUCCAAGGUCUCAGAGGAGAUUGCGUCUACUAGAAAGACAACACCUGGUAUUGGACUUAUCUCUCCACCUCCACAUCAUGACAUUUACUCUAUUGAAGAUCUUAAACAGUUAAUCUAUGACUUGAAAUGCGCUAAUCCAAGAUCGCGUGUCUCUGUCAAACUGGUAUCUGAGGUCGGCGUUGGUAUUGUGGCUGCUGGUGUAGCAAAGGCAAAGGCAGAUCAUAUUUUAAUUUCAGGUCAUGACGGUGGUACCGGUGCCUCUCGUUGGACAGGUAUUAAAUAUGCUGGUUUACCUUGGGAGUUGGGUCUUGCCGAGACACAUCAAACAUUGGUGCUGAAUGAUUUGCGUGGUCGUGUGAUAGUCCAGACAGAUGGUCAAAUCAAGACAGGUCGAGAUGUGGCGAUUGCCUGUUUAUUAGGUGCUGAAGAAUGGGGUUUCGCUACUACACCUCUUAUCGCUCUCGGAUGUAUCAUGAUGAGAAAAUGUCAUUUAAACACAUGUCCUGUAGGUAUCGCUACACAAGAUCCUGAGCUUCGCAAGAAAUUUGAAGGUACCUCUGAGGAUGUGAUUAACUUCUUUUAUUAUCUGGCUGAGGAGAUGCGUGGUUACAUGGCCAAGUUGGGUUUCCGAACCGUCAAUGAGAUGGUAGGUCAUGCGGAAAGACUCAAGGUGAACGAAUCCUUAAGGACCUUCAAGACGGCUAACCUUGAUCUCUCUCCAAUCCUUACACCUGCUGCCUCUCUUAGACCUGAUGUAGCAAAUUACUGUAUUACCAAACAAAAACAUAACUUGCAUAUUCGUCUUGACAAUUACUUUAUUGAAGAGUCUGAAGCUGCUCUUACGAAUAGCCAGCCUGUUAUGAUUGAAGCAGAUGUCGUUAAUACUGAUCGCGCCUUGGGGACAACACUCUCUUAUCAUGUCUCUAAACGUCACGGUGAAGCUGGUUUACCACCUAAAACGAUUCAUAUUAAACUUAGGGGCUCAGCGGGUCAAUCCCUGGGUGCCUUCUUGGCUCCUGGCAUCUUUAUUGAGCUUGAAGGUGACUCUAAUGAUUAUGUUGGCAAGGGUUUGUCGGGUGGAGAGAUCGCUAUCUAUCCUCCCAAGAAUUCAACUUUCAAGUCGGAAGAAAAUAUCAUUGUAGGUAAUGUCUGUCUUUACGGGGCAACAAGUGGACGUGCAUUCUUUAGAGGUAUUGCAGCAGAACGUUUCUGUGUUCGUAACUCAGGUGCUUCUGCUGUCUGUGAGGGUGUAGGCGAUCAUGGUUGUGAAUAUAUGACAGGUGGUCGUGUUGUGAUUUUAGGAUCCACAGGUCGUAACUUUGCUGCAGGUAUGUCCGGUGGUAUUGCCUAUGUUUUAGAUAUCUCUAGCGACUUUAAGGAAAAUGUCAACAGAGAGAUGGUUGAAUUAGAAACUGUGAAUGAACCUGAACGUAUUGCUGAACUUCGUGAUUUAAUUGAGGAUCAUCAUCAUUAUACAGGAUCUCAAGUAGCGGAUCGUGUUCUUAAAAACUUUAAUGAAUAUCUACCCAAGUUUGUCAUGGUGAUGCCUACUGAAUACCGAGCUCUCUUGGAAAGGGAGAAGUCCCCUAAAAUCAAACAACAAAAUUUAUGUGAGAACUUGCACAAGAAAGUUGAACCUAUUGUUGAGGACUUGGAAGAUAGCGUAUUAGGUGAAGAAGUGAUUUUAGCUCGUCGUGCUAAACUUGACAAGGUACGUGGCUUUAUGAAGUAUAAGCGUAGAACAGAUAGAUACCGUGAUGCUAAAAAGCGUACCUUGGAUUGGGAGGAAAUCAAUCAUCGUUUAACACGUUCUCAAUUACAUGAGCAAGGCGCUCGUUGCAUGGAUUGUGGUGUCCCCUUCUGUCAAUCUGAUACUGGUUGUCCUAUUGGUAAUAUUAUUCCUAAAUGGAACGAGCUUGUCUAUAAAGAUAAUUGGAAAGAUGCCUUAGAUCGUCUUUUAAUGACUAACAACUUUCCUGAAUUUACUGGUCGUGUUUGUCCUGCUCCUUGUGAAGGUGCUUGUGUAUUGGGUAUUAAUGAACCUCCAGUAGCUAUUAAGAGUAUUGAGUGUGCAAUUAUUGAUCGUGGUUUCGAGCAAGGCUGGCUUGCUCCAAAACCUCCAGUUCAACGUACUGGUAAAAGAGUAGCCAUUAUCGGUUCUGGUCCAGCAGGUUUAGCAGCUGCUGAUCAACUUAAUAAAGCAGGACAUCUUGUUACUGUCUAUGAUCGUAAUGAUCGUAUUGGUGGUUUACUUAUGUAUGGUAUUCCAAAUAUGAAGCUUGAUAAAAAGAUUGUUCAGCGACGUGUUGAUCUUUUAGCAGCAGAGGGGAUCCAAUUUGUUCCUAAUGCUCAUGUUGGUGUUGAUGUGGAUAUUCAUAAAAUUCGAUCUCAGAAUGACGCACUCAUUAUUGCUACAGGCGCUACUUGGCCUCGAGACCUCAAGAUUCCAGGUCGUGAAGCAGAUGGUAUUCAUUUCGCUAUGGAAUUUCUUCAAGCCAAUACCAAGAGUUUACUUGAUUCAGGUUUGAAAGAUGGCCAUUAUUUAUCAGCAAAGGGCAAGCAUGUGAUUGUGAUUGGUGGAGGUGAUACCGGUAAUGAUUGUAUUGGUACCUCUGUCCGUCAUGGAUGUAAAUCAGUGAUUAAUUUUGAAUUAUUACCACAGCCACCUGAGACACGUGCAGCCUCAAACCCUUGGCCUCGUUUCCCAAUGGUCUUUAAAGUGGACUAUGGUCACUCUGAAGUUCGUGAACAUUUUGGUAAAGACCCUCGUGAAUAUUGUGUUCUUUCAAAAGAAUUUGUUGUCGAAGAUGGCCAUGUAAAAGGUAUCAAGACGAUACGUGUUGAAUGGACAAAGGAUGAAGCAGGACGCUGGACGAUGGCUGAAAAGCCUGGAACAGAGCAAUACUUUGAAGCUGAUCUUGUAUUGCUUUCUAUGGGGUUCUUGGGCCCUGAAGAAGCAAUUAUCAAGCAAUUAGAAAUUAAACAGGAUGGUCGAUCGAACAUUGAGACACCCAAGGGACAAUACGUUACUUCAAUACCUGGUGUAUUUGCUGCAGGUGAUUGCCGUCGAGGUCAGUCAUUGAUUGUUUGGGGAAUUAAUGAAGGGCGAAUGUGCGCGCGUGAAGUGGAUUACCAUUUAAUGGGAAAUACUUAUUUACCUGUGACGGGUGGUAUUCAACAACGUAUCUUGCCUAAACUUGCAACUGGAGUGGCUGCCUAA